UUCAGCUUAUCGCGUGAUAACUUUGUGCUAGAGAAUUUUAAACAAAGGAAUAACCUAAAGUAUUUUUGGAUAAAAGUUUUCAAAAGAAAAUCAAUAGAAUAUGACCGAAAAAUCGGAACAUUCGGAAGACUUUAUGAUUUGUAGUCAAGAAACACAGUCAGAUGCUUUUAUUAUUGAACUUCCUCAUAUUGAGCAGGCAAGAAACUGGGACUGUGGGCUUGCAUGCAUUCAAAUGGUUUUGUCAAAAAAUUUAGCACUGCACUUGCUUCAAAAUUUAAGUACAAUUUGCCCAGAAGAAUACCAAAAUAGGAGUACAUGGACGAUUGAUCUUUGCUACAUAUUAAAUCAUUUUUCAGUAAAAAUCAAGUAUUACACAAAAACUUUGGGUGUGAAUCCCAAUUUUUCACAGGAAAAGUUCUAUGAUAGCUAUAUCCUAAAGGAUGAAGCAAGAGUUAACCAAAGAUUUGCAGCUGCAGCAUCUAAAGGCAUUUCAAUUGAGACUGGUUCCCUGAAAAUCAAUGACUUGAUACAUCAUAUCAGGCAGAACGGAGUUGCUAUAGCACUUAUAGAUGUUAACCAACUAGAAUGUGUUUCUUGCAAAUCUUUGGUCAAAGAGUUUGGAAAUUUUAUGAGGACACUUUUGAAACCCCAACUUCCUUUUAGUGGGCACUACAUAGUCAUUUGUGGAUUUGAUACUAAUAAAAAGCUCUUGUAUUACAGAGAUCCAGCUGUUAAAAGUGAGCUCUGUUGCCUAACAUUUUCUUCCUUCGAGAAAGCAAGACAAGCUCACGGCACUGAUGAAGACAUUAUCUUAAUACAUCGCUAAAAUUGUGAUGAAUACGAUGUUUUGGUCCCGGCAUAUCCUAAGCUCGACAUCAUUGCACGUUAAUACCUCACUCGCAUUAGUUUUGGUGAGUCACGGUUUCUCGCACAAUUUGUGGUUUGAAGUCAGGCUGAAUUGCGCGCUCCAGCGAUCGACUGUAAAGAUCUAGUCGUUGCGUCAUCUGUGAAUAAAUUUUUUAAGUUUU